AUGGAGGUCAUGCUAAACCUUCCACCGCUGCACCUACACAUACAACAAGAGGCCAGUCUCUCAGCGGUAAGGUUGCGAACCCUCAAUAUAUGGUCUAACAUCACAGGAGCUCUUCACACAACAUGCCUGGAAAAGGUAUACGAAUUUCCAGUGCUCAGGGCAGGCACGGAUCGAAUUCACAAACAAGCCAUCUUCGACAAAAGGUACAAAAUACAAUUAUAUGAGGACGACAACUACGAAGGACUCAAUCCCCGGGAGCUGAGAAUCUUCACUGAUGGGUCCAAAACAGACAGCGGAUCGGGCUCUGGAACCUUUUCAGAAGACCUGAACAUGUCAAUCACCACUCCGCUAGGAUCCCAUAGCUCGGUAUUCCAAGCUGAGUGCAUGGGCAUCAUAAACGCGGCGGCUGCCAUCACUGCAAGGAAGGUAGUAGGAUUCUCCAUCCGCAUACUCUCCGACAGUAGAGCAGUCUUAAUGGCCCUAAAAAGCCAUAUAGUUACAUCCAAACUCAUACACGAAUGCCACGAACGACUAAUGGAGGUAUGUCAGAACAACAAGAUCACCUUACAAUGGAUCAAGGGACACAGUGGAUCCCGAGGUAACGAUGCUGCGGACGAGCUUGCCAGACAAGGAUCGGGUGCGGGGGCGAUUGGCCCGGAACCGGCUCUCCCGAUACCGUUUAGCAAGGUACGCUCAAUGCUGCUGGCACGCACAGGGAAACUACACACAGAACACUGGCUAAACCAGACUGGAUGCAGACAGGCCAAACAAGCCAUGCCUAGCAUCAACGGUGUCACAGACAGUCCCCUAUGCCGUGGAUGCAUGGAGAAGGAAGAAACAGCCUCUCACGUGGUGUUGGAAUGCAGCGGAGUGGCCCCAUACAGGGCAAAACAUCUCGGAUCCCCGAGAGAUCUCCCCGAGGUCCUACUCAACAUCAAAGCACUCGCCGAGACCGCUCGAGUCCAACCUGCUUUAAAAACAAUACAAGCAGUGAACGAUCAAAGGAUACUGUGUGUUUCCAUAUAA